CAGUCCACCUAUUUAUUGACAUUGCAACCAUACAUCAUCAUUCGUUCUGCCCACUGACCACCACCGUCUGGACGAACGGACUGAUUUUUAUUCUUUGCCACUACUCCAGUAUUCCAGUCUACAAAUCCUCCAAUCCUCCGCCUUCCUGCAUGCGUCACCGUCCCCGUCAACAUCUCCAUUGAUAACCACACCACUGCCAUUCUUUGAUUUCUGCCUGGCCUAAUUUCACUUUCUGCUGGCCACGACGACAUGUUAUAGCCUCACCUAAUUCAAAUCGCCUUCUCUCGUUGACCAUAAUAUUUCCUCAUUGCUUUCAUUCCCUCCCAACGGACCUCCACCCCCUCUUCAUCGGUACAAUAUUCUCCCUCGGCACACAUCAUGUCCGUAUAGAGCGACGGCAUACACAAACCUCGGCCGCCUUUCACCUUUCCCCUCCGCCACCAAACAAUAUUUUUCAUACAGCCUGGUCUUGACACGCCAUGGAUCCCAACGGACAAGGCGCUCUCUCUAAGGGGGCUGCCGAAGUCGAGGAGAACCUAGAGGAACAGCGCAGGUCAGAGCUGGGAAUCACUACCAAACAGGAGACAGACGCAGGAACAUCAGAGAAGACUCCAGCAACACCUCCCCCUACCUCGCCCAGAUUGCCUACGGCUUCCUCCAUGCCUUCAUCUCCUUCUUCCGAUUCCAACAAUCCCAAGGACCUCUCCAAGUUUGACACCAUUGUCGCCGUUCGCGAUGCUCCAGACCUCGACGCAGUUCUGGCCGCCCUCCCACCCUCAGAAGCCGCUGUAUUAAGGAAACAACUCGACCAACCUGAUGUCGCUGUCAACUACAAAUCACUCUUUCGAUAUGCCACAACAUGGGACAAAGUAUUCAUCGCCAUUGCUGCCUUUUGUGCCAUUGGCGCUGGCGCCGUCAUGCCCUUGAUGACCGUCAUUUUUGGCAACCUCAGUGGAACUUUCCAGGGUCUCGUGCUAGGAAACUCGGAUGGCUUUAGUUCCACCGUCAAUCGUUAUGUCCUCUACUUUGUCUAUCUUGCCAUCGGUGAAUUCUUCUUGGUAUACAUCUCCACAGUCCUCUUCAUCUACACCGGAGAACACAUCACCGCCAAAAUUCGCGAGCAAUAUCUACGGGCUAUUCUGCGCCAAAAUAUUGGAUAUUUCGACAAACUCGGUGCAGGUGCUGUCACCACCAUGAUCACUGCAAACACAAAUCUCAUCCAGGAGGGCAUUAGCGAGAAGGUCGGCUUGACCUUGACUGGCGUCGCCGCCUUUUUCGCCGCCUUCGUUAUUGGCUUCAUUAAAUUCUGGAAACUCACUCUCAUUUGUAUGAGUACCGUCGUCGCCAUUGUCGUUAUCAUGGGUGCGGGAGGUGCCAGAAUGGCUAUGUGGAAUAAAAAGUCCCUCGCCGCAUACGCCGUGGGGGGAUCCGUCGCCGAAGAGGUCUUGUCCUCCAUUCGAAAUGCCGUGGCUUUUGGAACCCAAGACAAAUUAGCUAAGCAGUACGACGUGCAUCUCAUCGAAGCCAGACAUUGGGGCGUACGGAGCAAGAGUGCUCUGGGCUGCAUGAUCGGCGCCUUGCUGUGCCUCAUAUUCCUCAACUAUGGUCUCGCCUUUUGGAUGGGUUCCCGCUUCCUUGUUGGUGGCGAGACUUCCCUGGCCAGCAUCCUGACCAUCAUCCUUGCUGUCAUGAUUGGUGCUUUCUCUUUUGGCAACGUCGGUCCAAAUAUGCAACAUUUUGCUGCUGGUGUCGCAGCCGCCGCCAAAAUCUAUGCCACUAUCGACCGCACAUCCCCCAUUGACCCCUUGACAGAACAAGGUGAGAAGCUCGACCACGUCGAGGGCUCCCUCGAGCUCCGAAACAUUAAACAUAUCUAUCCGUCACGCCCUGAAGUUGUGGUCAUGGAUGAUGUCAGUCUCGUCAUUCCCGCCGGCAAAACCACUGCCUUGGUUGGUGCCUCUGGAUCCGGCAAGUCCACCAUCGUUGGCCUCGUCGAGCGAUUCUAUGAUCCUGUGGCCGGUAACGUUUUCCUCGAUGGUCAUGACAUUAGCACACUCAACCUGCAUUGGCUUCGACAGCAGAUUGCCCUGGUCCAACAGGAGCCGGUCCUCUUCAGCCAGACCAUUCGAGAAAAUAUUCAAAACGGUUUGAUUGGUUCUAAAUACGAGAACGAGUCCGAGGAAAAGCAAAACUUCCUCAUGAUCGAGGCUGCUAAGAAGGCCAACGCCCACGACUUCAUCUCAUCCUUGCCCGAGGGUUAUGAGACCCAUGUUGGAGAAAGAGGCUUCCUCCUCUCCGGUGGCCAGAAGCAGCGGGUUGCCAUCGCAAGAGCUAUUAUCAGUGACCCAAAGAUUUUACUACUCGAUGAGGCAACCUCGGCCCUCGACACAAAGUCCGAAGGCGUCGUCCAGCAUGCUCUAGACGAAGCUGCCAAGGGUCGGACCACCAUCGUCAUUGCUCACCGCUUGUCCACCAUCAAGACCGCAGACAACAUUGUCGUCAUGCAGCAAGGUCGCAUCAUCGAGCAAGGAACUCACGAGGAGUUGCUCAACCUGAAGCAGGCAUACCAUGGCCUUGUCUCCGCUCAGCGCAUUGGCGGCGACGAGGACGACGAUUCUGAUCGACAAACUGACACGAGCGACGAUGUUUUGACCCGAGAACAGACCAGACGAUCUGAAAGUUUGGCUGCUGUCGAUCCUGACGAUGAAAAGCUUGCCCUAGGACGGACUAAGAGUCAGAAAUCUGUCUCCUCCAAGAUUCUCGAGCAGCGAUCAGUCGAUGGAAUGGAGAAAUACUCUCUGGGCACGCUAAUCAAGUUCAUCGCUGGAUUCAAUCGCACCGAGUGGCACAUCAUGUGCGUCGGCUUCUUUUGUUCCGUCAUUGCUGGAGCUGCUCAGCCGGUCCAAGGUGUCUUCUUUGCGAAGGCUAUUGUCUCCCUUGCUCAACCGCUUCCUCAAGCUCGCGAUCAGAUCCUCAGUGACGUGAGCUUUUGGUCACUGAUGUAUCUCAUGUUGGGAUUGGUGGACCUUAUCGCUAUGGUGGUCCAGGGUAUUGCUUUUGCCUACUGCAGUGAAAGCCUGGUUCAACGAGCUCGUGAUGGUGCAUUCCGAAGGUUUCUGAGACAAGACAUUUCCUUCUUCGACGAGGACAAGAAUUCGACCGGUGCACUUACGAGUUUCUUGUCCACAGAAGCCACUCAUCUCUCUGCCAUCUCGGGAGCUACCCUAGGAACACUUCUCAGUUGCACCACCACUCUUGUCGUUUCCGUCGUCGUGGCAUUGGCAAUCGGUUGGAAGCUGGCUCUCGUGUGCUGCGCUGCCUUGCCUGUUAUUCUCGGCACAGGUUUCUUCCGCUUCUAUAUUCUCGCCAAGUUCAGCUCCACCGCUCAAGCACAUUAUGAAAAAUCGGCUGGCUACGCUUGUGAGCAUACCAAUGCCAUCCGCACUGUUGCUUCCUUGACCAACGAGCAAAUGGUCUACCGUGAGUAUCGCGGACAGCUACGAGACCAACUGCGCGCGUCGGUCCGCUCCAACCUGCGAAAUUCGUCGCUCUACGCCGCAUCUCAAUCAGCAAUGUUCCUUGCCUUCGCACUGGCAUUCUGGUACGGAGGUCAGCUCAUGGUCCGUGGCGAGUACAGCUUGUUCCAAUUCUUCAUUGUCUUCUCCGAAAUUAUUUUCGGAGCUCAGUCCGCGGGAACUGUGUUUUCAUUUGCAGGAGACAUGUCCAAAGCCAAGAAUGCGGCCGCUUCCUUGAAGAAGCUGUACGACCGAAAGCCGACCAUCGAUCCCUGGUCCAAGGAUGGUGAAAGCGUGACUGAAGUUGAGGGCGCAAUCGAGUUUCGAGAUGUUCACUUCCGAUAUCCCACUCGACCGGAGGUCCCGGUCUUGCGGGGGCUCAACUUGACCGUGAAACCAGGACAAUAUAUUGCCCUCGUGGGCGCGUCAGGUUGUGGGAAGUCGACGACAAUUGCAAUGAUGGAACGCUUCUACGAUCCUUUGGCUGGCGGUGUUUACAUUGACGGCAAAGAGAUUUCAAGUCUUAAUCUCAACGAUUACCGAUCACAGCUUGCUCUUGUGUCCCAGGAACCCACGCUGUACCAAGGAACCAUCAAAGACAAUGUUCUCCUCGGCGCGGAUCGGGGCGAAGUCGGUGAUGAGCGAGUCAUCCAGGCAUGUCGUGACGCCAACAUCUACGACUUUAUCAUGUCACUACCAGAUGGAUUUGACACCGAUGUCGGGAGUAAAGCCGCCCUUUUGUCAGGUGGACAGAAACAGAGAAUCGCCAUUGCUCGAGCGCUCCUUCGAAACCCCAAAGUCCUUUUGCUCGAUGAAGCCACUUCUGCCCUGGACUCUGAAUCGGAGAAAGUGGUACAGGCAGCGCUUGAUCAUGCCGCAAAGGGACGAACCACUAUCGCUGUAGCCCAUCGACUGAGCACGAUUCAAAAGGCCGACGUCAUCUAUGUCUUUGACAAGGGCGUGGUUGCCGAGUCAGGAACGCACGCCGAGUUGAUGGCCCUCAAGGGAAGAUACCGGGAACUGGUCAGUUUACAGAGUCUGGAACGGGCUCAUUAAGUUGGACUGUGGUGGACAGAUCUGGGAGACUAGGACGUCAUUGCACCAUCUCCAAUCGUGCUGUUUUAGAGCGGGCGUUGAAAAUCAGAUGUACAGAUCUGCGAGGAAGGGUAUUCUGCGAAUCACCAUCUGGCCAGAGGCAAGAAGAUAAGGUGCUAGUCCUAUAUUGAGGACGCGAGUUGGACCUUGGAUUCUGGACCUGGAGAAGGGGGCAGCAUGCUGGGACAUGUAUGCAUCCAGGUCCGAUCUACAUGGAUAUAAACCGAUAGAUGUGUUUGGAUGCUGGAACGCGCCACUCCAUUGUUAGUCAUAAUGAUCAACUCCACUUGGUCUAUGAGUUCGAAGAUGUUCCGUUUGAUUGUUGUGAGGUGUAGUAGACUAGGUGUGAGCAACCAACAAUCAGGGCCAUCGAUUAACUUGAUUCAAUUGAAACCACGGUCGAUUAUCUACUUCGACACUUUCUCGACCAAACUUCUCAUCAGAAUCAACCACUUGUGUCACCUACACCCACACAAGUCAAGAUACACGUCCGUAUUUCCGGAGUUCAUGUCAAUUAUGCAG